AUGUCGGCAGUCCAUCUCCCAGCAAGCCUGUUUCCAUCCCAGAAACAAAUAACAAUAAUCCAUCACCCCUGGAUUGAUUUGCUUCCAAUUUUGUCUCUGCGGGAGGCGGUCUUGGCCAGGACAGGUUUGAUUGACGAAGAUGAACUGUGUGCUGACUUCCAUGGGGCUAAUGCGUCCUCGCAAGAAGUCGCGCUUUGCGUUUGGGGCGAAGCCUGGGACCCAUCUGCCUACGAGUUCUCGGAGGCGAUUUUAAGGAAGUGGAGUUGGAUUGCAACAGAAUGUCCUGACAUAAUCAAAGCAUCAAAUCACUGGAGGAAAUUGCGAGGGGAGAAGCCUAUCGUGCUCAAAAAGAUCAAGUGA